CUCUGUUCUCCGACUCAGUUGCCUGCCUGCAAGCAUGAUUAAACAGAUACUAAACCGGCUCCCCCGAAAGCCAUCAAAGUCAUCGGAUAGUCGUGAUUCAUUUACUGGUCCAACUCCUCCAUCAUCAUCAUCUUCAAUCAGCUCAAGAAAUGGGGACUUGCAAGCCGGUAGAAUCACAAAUCUUAGUAAUCAGAUCCCUCCUGGAUCGAGUCCUGGGAUAAAUCAACUAAACAAGUAUGCUCCAGCUGUUAAUUCGAGGCCGAAUGGCAAUUAUGUGGUCCCAGUUUAUGAAGCAUUGCCAAGCUUUAAGGAUGUCACAAGUUCUGAGAAGCAGAGCUUGUUCAUGCGAAAGUUGGAUUUGUGCUGUGUUGUGUUCGACUUCACUGACCCGGCAAAGAACUUGAAGGAGAAAGACAUAAAACGACAGACAUUGUUAGAGCUUGUUGACUAUGUGACUUCAGCAAGUGGAAAGUUUCCAGAGAAUGUCAUGCAAGAGACUACCAAGAUGGUGUCCAUCAACUUGUUUAGGAACCUGACUAUUCCACCUCGAGAGCACAUGGUUUUGGAAAAAAUUGAUGCAGAUGAGGAAGAUCCUGUAAUGGACCCUGCAUGGCCACAUUUACAGAUUGUCUAUGAGUUCUUUCUGCGGUUUGUUGCAUCUCCAGAGACUGAUGCUAAGCUGGCCAAGAGAUAUAUAGAUCACUCCUUUGUUCUUAAGCUCCUUGAUCUCUUGGAUUCUGAAGACCCUAGAGAGAGGGAGUACCUAAAGACGAUACUUCACCGAAUUUAUGGUAAAUUUAUGGUGCACAGGCCAUUCAUUAGAAAAGCCAUUAACAACAUUUUUUAUCAGUUUAUCUUUGAAACAGAAAAGCACAAUGGGAUUGCAGAGCUUUUGGAGAUUUUGGGAAGUGUUAUCAGUGGAUUUGCAUUGCCACUGAAGGAAGAGCAUAAAUUGUUCCUUGUACGUGCUCUAAUCCCACUUCAUAAGCCAAGGUGCAUUGCUAUGUACCAUCAGCAGUUAUCAUAUUGCAUAACACAAUUUAUUGAAAAGGAUUGCAAACUUGCGGAUACUGUUAUAAGGGGCUUGUUGAAAUACUGGCCUAUCACAAAUAGUUCAAAGGAAGUCAUGUUCUUAGGAGAGUUAGAAGAGAUCCUAGAAGCAACUCAGCCGGCAGAUUUCCAGCGAUGUAUGGUUCCACUGUUCCGCCAGAUUGCUCGCUGCUUGAACAGUUCUCACUUUCAGGUGGCUGAAAGAGCAUUGUUCCUUUGGAAUAACGAUCAUAUAGAGAACUUGAUUAAACAAAAUAGCAAGGUUAUAUUGCCUAUCAUCUUUCCUGCAUUGGAGAAAAACACGAAGAGCCACUGGAACCAGGCUGUUCAGAGCCUUACACUCAACGUCCGCAAGAUUUUCACUGAUCAUGAUCCUGAUCUGGUUUCUGAGUGCUUGAAGAAGUUUGAGGAAGACGAAGCUAAAGACAAGGAAAUCAGGUCGAAAGGGGAAGCCACAUGGAAGCGCCUUGAAGAAAUUGCUGCCUCAAAAGCUGCAAGCAGGGAGUCUGCGAUUGAUCCCCGAACCAUACCACAUCAAGUUCUGUCCGUUUAGUGCCAUUUCUAUGUGGUCCUCGAGGAUCGAGAAGUUAUCACACAGUCCGUGGGACGUGCUUGAAAAGAAUAUUGAAGCAGCAAAAAGUUUUUAGUCACUACAGGAAGACCAUGACCGAUAAAUUUCUGAUGCUUUUGGCUGUCAAUCUAAAAGUUGAUGUUAUUAGGGAUUUGCAGGCAAUUGCUUUACCCAUUAGUGUUUUCUGGAUUGUUUAUGGCUAGUAUUUCUCAUUGCAGUCUCCAUUUCGUUGUAAAUGAGUCCUGAUUAAGGUCUUGAAUGAAUGUGAUACCUUAUUAGUAGUUGAUAGUUCAAGAUAUAUUGUCUUGUCCAUCUUCUUUGUACAAGGAAUCGGAUUGCUUAACGUGCAUCGAGGAAUCUGUUCUUUGUUUUGAA